UUCGAGUUGGCUCUCUAGUCACAAUGUUGGGACAUCUCAUAAGCUCAAAACAAGACAGUUCAUGAGUUGAAUUCAAAGAGCCACCUAAUCGAGCUAGUUCACGAGCUUCAAGAGCCGAACAAGCUAGAGCUCAAGCUCGGCUCGUUUAUUAACGAGCCUAGCUUUUUUAAUUGAACGAACUUUUAUCGAGUUCGAGACCGAGCCGCUCACGAAUAGCUCGGCUCAUUAACAACCCUUGGUAUACGGCAAACGAAACCUUGUUGUCGGUAUACCGACCCAUACCUGGUAUGUAACCGCCGUUUACUUGGUAUAAUUGAGUAUACCGAUAUAGGCAAAAAAAACCCUCUCCUCUUUUUCGAUCAGUUCACUCCUCUCUCUCCAUCUCCCUCAAGAAGAAAAAUUAUCUCUUUCUUCAACAAAUAGAACCUUCACCAUGAGAGAUUCUAUGAAACCCCCUCCUCUCUUUCUCAAUUUCUUGAUCUGGACCAUGGCAUCGUGAUUCAUCAUCGUCAAAGGGAUGCAUCGUCGCCGGAGAGAGGGCAAAGUGCGAUGAGUUUGCUGCUCGCCCAGCCACCUCCUUUUUCAACUCCUCUGCCGCCGUCGCUGUUAUCAUUAUGGAGAACCCAGAACCCGAUCCGGCGACUCCCUCUCCCUCUCGAUUCUAGAUCUGGCGCCAUGCAAAAUCCCUCGUGCGACGGCUCUCUUCCUCUCGAGGUCAGAUUCGGCAAGAUGUUGUCUCCAUACCGCAGCGGUUCUGAGUCCGUCUCAAUUCCAUAUCUGGAGUCGCCGUUGGCAACUAGCUCUUCCCCUCGAUUUCAGGUCUGGCGUGAUGCAAACUCUCUCGCGUGGUGGCUCUCUUCCGCUCGAGGCCAGAUCCAUCAUCAUGCUGUCUCACUCGAGCGGCGAUUCUCAAUCCCUCUCAAUUCCAUAUUCGGAGCCGGCGCCAGGACACAAUGGUGCACACACGCCGCCAGAAAACUGGAUUCAAGUUUCAUUUUCCACUUCUCCAAUCUCUCCUAACCCUAUUUACCGGAUAACCGAGUUGGUAACCGGCUAUUCGGUAACGGGUAAAUCAAAUAUUUGUUGGUAUCGGUAGUCGACAAUGCUUUGCCUUGGUUCGAUCUCUCCCGGCGACUGUCUUCGACCAUACCCACCCCAGACUCAUCCUUCGCCGGCGGGAAUCGUGAGCGGGAGCAGAGCGGAUGAACUGUGACACAAGAAAAGAGCGAAGGAAAAAGGAAAAAAAAGGUCGACGGGAACGAUAGAGGAGGAGGUUGGAGGAAGCGAAGGAGGUCAGAGGUUUGAGGGUGAAGUUGUCGUUAGGUUUGGAUUUGGGGAGAAGUGUGAGACGAUAGAGUGAAGAAUGUGAGGUUUGAUGUCAAUUAGGGAGGCAGGUUUGAGAUUUAAUAAAAUUGAAAGGGAUAAAACGAGAAUAAAAAAUAUAGUAAUGUGCGAUUUUAAAAUAAUUGAUUCUUAUUAGCUGUUUUAAAAAACCUGCACAUGAGAGUUUUUGAAAUCUAUCAUAGCCAUGAUCCUUGAUCUAUCCAAACAAGUAAAUUUGUUAGGUCGUUUGGAUGCAGUAUUUUGAUGAGAUAAUUUGGUCGAAAUAACUCAGAAUGAGGUAUUUCAAUCAAAAUAACUCGUUUGGCAAAAAUAAAGUAGAAUGUGGUAUUUUGUCCAUGAGUCAAUUGAAAUAACUCAUUUUGAGUUAUUUGAAAUACCUACCCACCCCCUAGUUAUUUCAAAUACCUCAUCUCCCAACUUCUUUUUCCACUUCAUCCCUUCUUUAAGUGGUGAAAUACCACAAUAUUUGAAUGUUUUAUCUAAACAAGACAAUUACACCAAUUACUACAUUUCAAAAUGAAAUACCACAUAAAAUGCCACAUAGCAAAAUAAUGCAUCAUUUGAAUUCGAAAUACCAUGGAACCAAAAUGAUACAUCCAAACGACCCGUAAAUCAUUCAGAAUAAGAGAUUUGAGAUUUGGGCAAAAUCCUUCCUCUAAAGCUCUAAUCCAAUGAAAGAAUCCGAGAAGAAAAUUGAAGUGGGAAACCCUAUCCCUGAUGGGUUUUACGGGCCCAUGCUGCUCCCAUGUGUAAUUGACGAGCGUGAGAGAGUAGGGCCUUUAUAGAGAUGGACUGAUCUAUCUUUUCAAGUUGAUUUGUUUGCCAAAAAUCAAAUUGCAAAAGAGGAGGGGGGAAUUAAAGGAGGGGAGAUAUCUGUUGUUCUCGUAUUAGCCAGCUGGGGGAACAACAUUUAAUACUCUGCUAAUUGCAAGACGGCAAAACUUUCACUAGUUUCCGGGCAUGUGCCCUGAAAUUUGGGGAUUGCACUCUCUUCAGUGCAAUAGUGUGCACGAACGAAGAGAAAGACCAAAGUCCGAUGAGUAUUGUCGAGGGAGAACACACUACACAUUCCACGGUUGGGAAUAGCAAUUUCACAUUAGGAGACGGUGAGGCUCUGUCAUUUGUUUACGUUUUUUACCCGCAGCUUGCAGAAGCCAUUUCCCGUGACCGUGUUUCCGUUCCCCAAAUUACUCAGAGUUCAAACCUGGAAGUCGAAUAAAUUUUUGACUCAUUG